UCAACGGCUCAGAUCAUCUAUCUUCCUCUUAUGAUCGAUCGAUCUCAAUUCAAAUUCCGCCUUUCUUUCUCUCUCUCUUCUCCUCUCUAUAAUCGAUUUGUGUUCUUCUUCUUCUUCUUCUUCUUCGUCUGGAUUACAUUCUGGAUUUAGUGGAUCUGCUGCUUCUACUCUGAGCCUUACUGUGGAUUGAAUCGGAUGAGCAUAGUGUCUCCCUCUUCUUAAGGUCUCUUCUGAAGAUCAAAAUCUACUCUUUCCAACUUCUCUUUGAUUUUGUUUAGGAAAAGUUCGAAGCUUUGUUGUGUGUUUGGACCCAAUCUCAUCACCUGAAGUUAAUUUCUGCCUUCUUCAAUCUCAAUUUGUUGCAUUUAAUAUUCGCCGUUUUGAAUUUUAGCUUCUGCAUUGUGCUAGGCUUGUAACGAGACGAAAGACACUGGCUUUGGGGUGUGUUGUAUUGUUUCUCUUGCUAAGAAUGAAGAGUGAGAUGAAAGCCCCCACUAUUCCACACGAAGGAAGCAAGAAAGGGAGUCACGGGAGGCCAUGUGGUCCUGCAAGACGAUCCACCAAAGGACAAUGGACCGCCGAAGAGGACGAAGUCUUGUGCAAAGCUGUUGAGCGUUUUCAAGGAAAGAACUGGAAGAAGAUUGCUGAAUGUUUUAAAGAUCGGACUGAUGUCCAGUGUCUUCAUAGAUGGCAAAAGGUCCUGAACCCAGAGCUUGUGAAAGGGCCGUGGUCAAAAGAGGAGGAUGACACAAUAAUUGCUCUGGUGGAAAAAUAUGGGCCAAAGAAAUGGUCUACUAUUUCUCAGCAAUUACCUGGGCGCAUUGGAAAGCAAUGUAGGGAAAGGUGGCAUAACCAUCUUAACCCUGGCAUUAAUAAAAAUGCAUGGACCCAGGAAGAGGAACUGACUCUUAUUCGUGCACAUCAGAUUUAUGGGAAUAAAUGGGCAGAGCUAACUAAAUUUUUGCCAGGAAGGUCAGACAAUUCAAUAAAAAAUCACUGGAACAGCUCAGUUAAGAAGAAACUGGAUUCCUACUACGCAUCAGGUCUUUUGGAUCAGAGUCAAAGCUCGCCACUCAUUCCCAUCCAGACCAAUUCCAUAGCUUCAUCUUCCUCGUGGAUGCACAGCAGUGGAGAUGAAGGUAAUUUCAGGCCAGGGGCUGAUGCUGAAGAAUCAGAAUGCAGCCAGGCUUCAACUGUUUUCAGCUGUUCACAAUCGACCAAUGAUUUAUUAGAUGAGGCUAAACCUGCAAACGAAGAAUUCUACACUCCUGUGUUGCCUGCAGGAACAGAGCAGCAAAUCUCAAACUCUCCAUCUCAUGCAGAAUCGUACUACCCUUCCUUUGAAGAUGUAAAAAUUGUUCUCCCCGAGAUUUCUUGUGAAGCAGAAUCCUCAAAGGAGUAUCAGAAUCAUAAUGGUUUAACCGAGGUUAGAACUACCGCAGCUACAGAGGAUCACUUGCAGGCUGUAUGUAAUAAUGAUAAACAGGACCGUGAUCUAGACUGUCCUCAGUUAUUGGGAGAUGAAACAAAUGAAGCAUGCCAAGCUUUUCAAAAUUCAGUCAGAAUAAGUGAUCAACCUUCUUUGCCAAACUCGGACACAGAUAUGCAUCCACAACCUCAAACUUUGAUCACGGACGAGGAGUGCUGUAGGGUUCUUUUCACAAAUACUACGGAAGAUAACGGUGUAGCUUCUAAUGCGCAAGGGCAGAACUUGGUUGAUCCUCAAAAGGGCAAAGGAUCCAUUCCAGCUUCUGAAACUGAAAACAUUCCAGCUUUAUCCUGGCAUCCUUCAAAUUGUAAGGAUUCUGUUCAAGAUUGUCACCUUCUUGAAGCUACUGCAUUAGAACAUAAAGUGGAUACAAAUGAUAGUUUCAUCGACACUGAUGGACAUGUAACUUCCCAUGGAAAUGAUGAUAAUGAAGGUAUCCCAGACCAGCAGAAGCCGUCUUAUAUUCCCAAGGAUUCUUUGAAGCUAGUACCCCUGAAUAAUUUUACUUCUCCUGCUAGAGUGAAUAAGAUUAAUUUUCCUGUUAACGACAAGCCAGCUGAAAAAGACAAAGGAUCUCUUUGUUAUGAACCUCCACGGUUCCCAAGUGCAGAUAUUCCUUUCUUCAGCUGUGAUCUUGUUCCAUCAAAUAGUGACUUAAGGCAAGAGUACAGCCCCUUUGGUAUCCGCCAGUUGAUGAUGAAUUGUACAACUCCGUUAAAGCUAUGGGAUUCACCGUGUCGUAAUAAGAGCCCUGACGUCAUGCUUAAAGAUGCUGCCAAAAGUUUCAGUGGUACACCAUCCAUCUUGAAGAAGCGGCAGCAUCGGGACUUGAUGUCGCCUGUGCUUGAUAGGAGAAAAGAAAAAUUGCUGAAAAGUGCUGAGGCUUCCUCCUUGGCUAAAGACUUUUCACGCUUAGAUGUUAUGCUUAAUCAUUGCAAUUCCUCUAUUUUGUCAGAACGUCCUGACAAUAAAAAUGAAUAUGCCUCCUCUUCCGAAGCCAAAAAGGACCCAAAGGAAACCUUGGAGGCAGGAGUGACUUCAGUUAAAAUUGACCAAGAAACUCGUAGAAGUUUGGUUUACUGUAAUGAUGUUGAGAUGCAACUGAGUUCUCCUGAUAAAAGUGGAUCGAGACCAGAUAACAAAGUGAAUACAACUGCGUCAGAACCUCCAUUCACUGUAGACUCUAUUCCUUUAUCAACAAUCGCAGGAAACAAAACCAACACUGCAGAGAGUAGUUUUGAUAUUAUUGAAAACUGUAGCAUAUUUGAUGGAACUCCGUUCAAAAAACUCCUUGAUACCCCAUCACCAUGGAAAUCCCCUUUACUCUUUGGUUCUUUCUUGCAAAGCCCAAAGUUACCUUCAGACAUUACAUUUGAGGAUAUUGGGUGCUUUAUGAGUCCCGGAGAUAGAAGCUAUGAUGCCAUAGGACUGAUGAAACACUUGAGUGAACACACAGCUACAGCUUAUGCAGAUGCUUUGGAAGUCUUGGGUAAUGACACACCUGAAACAAUACUCAAGAAGAGACAGAUGAACAAGUCUAUUCAAGGGAAAGAAAAUCAGCUUUGGCCUCACGAUCAACUGGAAAACCGUUCCCAGGUGGAGCGUCGCGCCUUGGACUUCAGCGAUUGUGGAACACCGGGGAAAGCAAAGGUAUCCUCGGCUUCUCCAGGCGGCUACUCGAGCCCAUCAUCUUACCUUCUGAAGAGUUGCAGAUAGAAAAGGCUGCUUUUGUUGAUAGAUCUCUGAAGGGACAUUCAUUAUCCCCUUCAAUUUUUUUGAUCAUCCUAUAUAUGUACUGUAUGUCUUAUUUUAAUCUCUUCAUUAAAAAAUUUCUUCUUUGUAAUGUGUGUAGAUCUUGCAACUCUGGACAUGAUACACUUGAUUAAAUAGCGAAAAAGAUAUUUGUUCUUAAUAAAUUAACUUCUACA